UAUAAGAAGUCGGCAUAGAAAACUCAGGGCUGGACUAUGAAAAACUAUCAACGUGGAAUUCUUUCAAGUCUUCCUACUCUUCUUUCUCAGUCGACACCUCAUCUUCUGUGUUUCCAAUUAGCACAGUCUCGAUCAUGCCACCAAAUCAGGUACAUCCGUCGACAUUGGCACUUCAUGCCGACGACCCUCUGCAUCUCGUCACCGAUGUCGCUCCCCCUAUUCACCUUUCCACCACCUUUCGAUUUCCUGACAAUCCAGAUGAAUUGCUUCCAUCUGUGGAUCCAGUAGACGAGUUUAACGGCAAAAAUUAUGUCUAUUCUCGAGAGUUCGCUCCUAAUGCAACCCGCUUCGAAUCCAUCCUGACCAGUCUGAUCGGAGGCCACGCGGUCAGCUAUUCGACUGGGCUCGCAGCUCUCACUGCCGCGUUGACUCUGCUGAAUCCGCGCCGCAUCUCGGUGGGACAAGGUCACCACGGAAGCCAUGAAGUCAUUGCCGUGAUUUCUCGCCUUUCCGGGCUUCAGAAGCUUGAACUAAAUUGCCCAGCGGAGGACUUGGAGGAAGGAGAUGUAAUCCUCCUCGAGACUCCGAUCAACCCCUUGGGCACAGCGUAUAGCAUUGAGGAAUACGCGAAGAAGGCGCACUCGCGCGGUGCAUACCUUAUCGUUGACAGCACGUUUGCGCCGCCCGGCCUGCAGGACCCAUUCCUCUGGGGAGCAGACCUUGUUCUACACUCUGGAUCCAAGUACUUCGGAGGUCAUAGUGAUAUGCUGUGCGGAGUGCUUGCCACUCGAAACGACAAAUGGAGGAAGCAGCUGAUUGAAGAUCGCUUGGCCGUUGGCAACGUCAUCGGCAAUCUGGAGGCUUGGCUGGGAGUGAGAAGUCUCCGAACCUUGGAAAUCCGCGUGCAGCGCGCUAGCCAAAGCUGCAGCAAACUCGUCUCAUGGCUGGAUCAAGCACUGAAGUCCCCCAACCCUGCUCCAGGGAGCGAGGAGAGCAUUGUGCAGUCGGUCGUGGGGAACAUUUACCACGCUAGUCUGCAGAAUGAGCCAUGGCUGCAGAAACAAAUGCCGAAUGGGUUCGGUCCGGUCUUCGCGAUCGUGCUCAACAAGGAAAAUUUCGCACGGACCCUACCAAGCAAGUUGAGCUUCUUUCAGCAUGCAACUAGUCUCGGUGGCGUGGAGUCCCUGAUUGAGUGGCGCGCUCUUUCGGAUUCCCGUGUGGAUCGGAAGUUGCUGCGGAUCAGUGUGGGACUUGAGCACUGGGAGGACUUGAAGAACGACCUGCUACAGGCCUUUGAGGCGCUGGCCGGUGCUUAGCUGUCGCCCACUAUGAAAGCACAGCCUAAGCCGCAUCAGUGAUUAUGACCAGGUCCUAGAAGCCACAUAUUCUGUGUGUUUUUGAUGAUUGAAUAGCGACCGGCCCAUUUCAGAAGCCUCAGACAAUUCGUUCUCAAUCAAUUUCUCCGGAGACCCUGGCGUCUUGUUUAGAAUGAGGAUCCUCGGCGACGAAGCGUACAUCCUCUUUUGCUUCGCCCCUAGGUGGAAAUAGUCUAGUAGUUCCGUUAGCUGACAAAAUCAGUCUGGGUCCAAUGCAUCGGAUGGAUCCUGACUGAACCGG